AUGAUUUUUGCCCUUCAACUUGUUUUUCUCUUCUUUCUGGCCGCUUCGGCCAAGCCAAUGGCCUCCGAAGACGCUCUAACCGAAACAGCAACUCAACUGAAGCCCAGCGAGGACUUGGUUCAAGUCGCAGAGGUCAAGAACUCGGAGCCAAUCAAGAUUAAUUUGCCCGGUCAUCUGCUCUUCUCCUAUUACAAAGCCGAUAUGCCAGUGGACAGCGUCAAACGGGAAAGUAAGCCGAACAGGCCAAAGGAAAAUGAAGUGGAUUCCGAUGAGAUGGCAACGGAGCCACCUCUUAGCGAGAGCGAAGAAGCCGUCGUCUACAAUACUGAUUGGGAACAUGACAAGUUUGCGUGGUACCCCACGAUUGUUGGUAAGUUCAAAUUUUCGUUUUUUAUGAGUAACGUAGUUGUCAAACACUCCCAGAAAUCUUGUCCAGACCUUAUUGUCUUCUCUACAAUUUUGAUUUUGCUAUUUUUUUGGAAUUAUCACUAUUGUGACAUUUUAUACGAUGAAAUGUAUUUAUCGUAUAAAAUGUCGCCUGCUGGAAAAUUUUAUCGAAAAUAUAUAAGAUAGCGUUUAGAAAAACUUAAUAGAUUUUGAUUUUUGUUGUUCUUUGAAGAAGAGGACAUUUUAUACGAUGAAAUAUAAUCAUCGUAUAAAAUGUCGCCUGUAGAAAAUUUAAUGGCAAAUUGGUAAAAUAGUGUAUAUACACAUGUUUUGUCCUCCGAAAUUUCCUGGGGUUUCCAUUUUUUGCAUCUUUAAGUUUGGGGACAUUUUAUACGACAAAAUAUGUUUAUCGUAUAAAAUGUCCCCAAACUUAUUUUUGAUCUUCCAUGCACGUAUUAAUCGAUCUCAGCCUUUUCAUCAAUUGUUUACUCCAGCUUUCUUGCCCUUUUUUGUAAUAAUUUAACAUUCCGUAGACAGUAAAAAUAUUGAUCACAAGUCUAAUCUCAGAGCCGCAACUAAUCAUUCAAGUUUCCCAUUCUUCUUCAUCAACGUCUUUUUUACACUGGCUCAGCGGGAAAAUUACACAAUUUUUUUGUUUUUAAACUAAAGUUUUUAAUUUUUUUUUUUGUUGCAGAAGUCGAAGGUAAGGACGGUCAAAAGACCUUCCAAUUCAAACCCAACCGCAUGCCCGCCGGGUUCUAUGCCGCAAAAUACAGGAGGAGACAUCAGUGA